UCCUCCUAUGUAGAAAAACAACCCCUCUCUUCGCAAGGGGAGCGAAUUAUUGCGACCAGCCGGAGGGUGAAGCAAGAGAUUUUUUUUGCUUCAGUAAUCCAAAUGAUAUUCGUGACUCAAAGGACCUAUUCGGUACUCAGGGGAAAAGUCUGGCUGCAGGAAUGGCCUUGAGCCGCGCUUAAGGCGCCUGCCUGCUAGCUGGAUGUUGGCUUCGGUGAAGAUUAUUUUAUUCAUCUGGACAUCCAAGGAAAUUGCACAUCACUCAACGCUUAUCGGACCAGCACUCGCCUAUUUUUUUUUACUUUGGUUAAAAACGAACUGACAGCCUGUUCCUGAUGCCCUUCGUACGCAGGCUGCUGUUGUAACGUAGGAACAGUCGGCAUGCUCUCCUGACCUGGAGCUGGUUCACCGGUACAAUCUCCCCGAGUGCUUACCCGGCAGAUACAGGAGCCAUGAGCGGGCCGGUGUGGAGCCGCUGGCGCUGAGGCUGCAAGCCCAGCCGAGUAUGUGGCGCGGGACGGGCCGGACGCUGCGGAGUGCACCGAGCAGUCAAUGCAGUAAGUGGCGGUCACACUGCAGCCGGGAGCUUCCGCCCAGCCAGCUAGCUUGCGAACAAGUUGAAUGAGCUAGUGAAGGUGUUACUCCAAGCCGGCUGCAUCCAUUGGAAUUAGCAUCUCUGCGGAGUGCGGCUUGAAGAGCAAUUAAUGCUGGGCGAACCGCUUGCGGCCAGGCGACGCCUUGUUCACGACGCACAGGAUAAAGUCUGAUGUUUCCAGUCGCAAACUUUAGGCAGAUAGGAAUUUCAGGAUGGGAGCAGUGACAAGCCAGCCUGAUGAAAAAUGUCCAAAGCAAUGGAGAAUGCGACCCCUGAACCAGUUUAUGUCGAUGUGGACAAAGGAUUGACAUUGGCCUGCUUUGUCUUCCUGUGCCUCUUCCUAAUCGUGAUGAUUGUCCGAUGUGCUAAGGUGAUCAUGGACCCGUACAGUGCCAUCCCUACAUCCACGUGGGAAGAGCAGCAUCUCGAUGACUGAUGACAAUGCCAGGGCAGAGGAGCUCACCGGAUUCCUCCACGGGCAGCUGGGAAGGAGUCCUGUGCUUCUGGGUCUGUGGGAGAGAACGGAACCAUUUACCAAGCCGAAUAUUAGAAUUCUGUGGAAGUGUUUACUGAAAAUUGCAUGUGAAUAAGUGCCUCACUAAAAUGUUGUGUUUGUCUCAGAUGACCUUUGUGUUAAUAUUGUGCAAUGCACUGAAUCAAUAGAACCAUAUAUCUGGCACACUUCGUCUGUUGUCUUAGGGUAGCAUAGGAUAAACACAAGUCAAUUAUCUGCAAUCAAAUAUAAAAAUAACAUAUAAUGAAGUCUUGGCCUAUGCCUGCUAAAUUCUAUGGUCAAGAUUCCUAAUACUUUCUAUAAGCAAUAUCUAGUGAAGAUAUCAGUUUGGAAUGCUUUGUAGUGAAUGUGCUUACCUUAAUUCCGGUAAGGAGAGAGAGUGUGAUGAGAAUCAGACUUGUUAAUGAAAAAUGUUUACAAUCAUUGGUGCUUCUCGACUUGUAACCUUGCUCUCAUUACAGCCACACUUGCUAAUUUUCUCAAGAAGAUUUGCUUCCUGUUUCUGAAAGUAAGUCUCAGCAGAUGAAUGAUUGAGCAACCCCUUCCAUUAUAACCCACUUGGUUAAUCAGAUCAUUGACCCUGGACUACAUCACAUGACUCUUAGUUAUACAGUACAUCCACUUUGUGUAAAAGAGCAACCAACCAACCAGUAUUGUGAGCCACUUUGCCAUCCUAACUCCAACACCAAUGCCAGUAUUUAACAAGCAUAAUAAAGGCAAUUUUAAAACUUUCAAUGUGAGUCCAUUGUUAAAUGGUAGCAAUUCGUGCAUAUUGAGGGUAUUUUCCCACAUCUUCAAUGGCUUCACUGGACUCGGUUAGUUCUUCCCUGUUAUGGUUUCUAUUUGGAAUGGCUUGUGAAUCUCAGAGUUUGCAGCAGUUCUUUCCAAAAGACUAUGCAUAAACACUAUUCACCCGGUUUUACCUGGUGUGUA